AUUAACUUCUUUCUCAUUUUCUUGUACACAAAAAUGCUAGGCAAGAAGUUUGGUUCAAUGAAGAAAUUAGCCAAAAAGGCUAAGGUUAUUAGAUCACCUAGUGAUAAUUCUAUUCACCAUGAUCAAUCACAACAUCUUGAAUAUUUACUUGUUAAGGAUGAUCAUGAUCAUGAUGAUCAAGAUCAAGAGUAUCAAGGGGUUAGUCCAACAAGUGCUAAAUCAUCAAAAAAGAUGGGGACAUUUGCAGUGUAUGUAGGGGAAGAAAGAGAACGAUUCGCGGUGCCAACGAGCUAUCUUUCACAUCCAUUGUUCAAAAUUUUGUUAGAGAAGACAUAUAAUGAGUUUGGUUUUGAGCAAACAAAUGGACUUGUGGUUCCAUGUAGUGUUGCUGCUUUUCAAGAAGUGGUCAACGCUGUGGAGUGUUGCAAUGGGAAGUUUGAUUUUGGUGGCUUGGUUGAGGAAUUUCUAUAAUUAGGUCGAUAUUAUUCAGGGUCGUAUCUGACCUUGAUUCAGAAGAAUCGAAUUAGUAUUGUUGCUUUUUACCACUUUUCUAGCGUGAGGAUACAACAACAACAACAACGUACAACAUUUCAAUCUCGAACAAGUUGAAAUCAACUACUUUUCUAGGUAGAGUGAAAAAUAGCAUUUGGUGAAAUAGAUUCAAGGAUUAAAUCAUAUCUUAAGGAGGUAAUUUACAAUUUAAGUCUUAGUUACUUUUGUACCAAAGAGAUAGUGUAAAUUAUUACACCUUUAAUAUCCUAGGUAAGCUUCCUUUUGUUUUUUCCCAUGAGGGGAAAUCAAUUGAGAGAAGUAAAUCUUGUUAUUUAUAUUUCUCUUUAAUUAAUGUCAACUAGCUAAAUUGUAAAUUU